AUGAAGUCUCUUCUCCGACGAUUUUUGAAUGACGAGACAAAGAUCAAAGAAGUUCUAGAUGCUCUGUCGAAGGAGCAAGUCUCCAACGAUAUAACCGAUGCAGAAUACGAGAUGCGUGUGGUGAAGUCAAACACGAGAGAUCAGAAUCAACAUUUAAUAGAUUAUAUGAUAAUCUUGGAUAGAAACAUCAAUAUGAAGAAAGAGUUCCUAAAAACGAGUGCGAUUUCAUCUAGAAUUACCGUCGCAGGAAGAAACAGAAGCAGCGGUGGUGGAGGUGGAGUAAUGGAUGUUCGAUGGUGGCUGGUCGGCGAUGAGGAUCAAGGGAAAAUUGAGAGAGGUGUGGAUUGGGGAAGGAGAAUGACGAUUUAG